CACGGAAAGUGACGAGAGUUCAGAAACGUUAGUCAGAGUGCAGAUGGGUCUGCAUGCGAGAACGUGUGAACACACGGGUAGAGAGACAGGAAGAGGUCCCCAGGUAAGGAAACAGUGACACAGUGGAUGGGUACAGUGAGCGAGAGGACAGGAAGAAAGAAAUAGAGAGUCGCACCUUGAGGAAGUUAACAACGCUAUAGAAGGAGAACAGAGGACGCAUCAUAUCAAAGAAUGGGACUUGUGCAAUGUUUUGUGAUCCUCUCGAUGUUAUCUGCACGGUUGGCGCUCACCUUUCCGCUGACAGAUGGGACCCAGUAUUACGCUGUGGGCGGCAGAUUGUGUCAAAUGUGCCUUGCAGGUGAGUAUCAGAAGUCUUGUACAGAGUGCGUCUCCUGCCCUGCUGGACAUUACACAACGGAGUUGAACCGCGAGCCCACCUGCCAUCCCUGCUACGGAGACUGUAGACCAGAUUUUCAUCUGAAGGUGGUUCAUAACUGCACCAGAGAGACAAAUGUGAGGUGCGUCUGUGACGAUGGUUUCAUCUGCACCGACAUGGUCCCAUACUCUGCAAACUGCAGAUACUGUGUCCAGAUUCAGGAGACCACCACGACUGAAGUAGCCGCUGUUAUUUCAGGCAACGAUAAACACACACCAUCCUCAGCUUCCUCUGGACAUGGCAGCACUUCUGCCAAACCCUGCCAACUUCCCAAGUGUGGCCCUCAGUCAGGCCAACCGGCAGGAAAUGGCACACAUCUCAAAGGAGGUGAAGACAAGACGAACAAUGAGCUGGCGGCCAUCUUGAGUCCAGGGGUUGCCGUGGGAUGCGUGGCCCUUGUGAUCCUGCUCUGUGUUCGUCGACCCAGAGAUGAAACAUGUUUCAAGCAAGCUAUUAUAAACGUAUGCAAUAAGGGAGGAAGAGAUGCUUCUCACAAGACAACCGACUCAACUCAUCAGCUCCCCAGAGACUCAUUCAGUGCAAAGCAGCAGCCACCGUUCCUUUCAGCAGCCAAUCUGGGUCCGGUCCAUGUGCACAAUCCAGGGACGGUCAUCUUCAGCUUGCUCAGUCAGUUUACAGGCCAAGUUGGACCAACAAUUGAAUGUGGGAAGACAGCCGAAGGAGUGAUUAGUGAAGAAGAAGACGAGAAACACUUUCCUGUGUUUCCUCAGACAUCUUCUCCCAGCAUCCAUCUCUCUGAGGAGGAGAGGAGCGGAGAGAUUGACAUUGUUUUCUUUCCCUCCCAGGAGCAGGGGAAAGACUUCCACAUGUCCAAAGAGGAGUCGCUAUGAAACAUCCUAAGAAAACCAACACGAUUUGUGUUGGUGGUUACGUCCAGACUCUUCACAGAUACAUAAAGGAAGGUGAAAACUGUGAAACCACAGACGAGUGUGGACUAGAUCCAUCUCCGUCUUUUGCAAACUGUAAAGGGAUCUCACUGCAAUGCAGACCGUUUUAUCUGCAGGUUCCAAGAAAACACACCACAGACUUUAACUCUGGGAGGAACAGCUGGAGGGUGAUCUGCUUUUUAAGUUAUUAUUCAAACAAUAAUGUAAAUACUCUUUAAUAAGCCCUGUCAGGUUGCUUUCAAGUAUUUUAUCUGAAUGUUUAAUGUUUUGCAUAUGAGGCAUUUUGAUAAGAACGCAAUUGUAUUUAGAAUAUUGAAAGAAAAGUAGAAAUGCAUCCUAAAAAUAUUCCCAUUUGACAUGUAUUAUCUGAAAAGUCUAUUUAUAUAUACACCUAUAAAUGUUAAGAUGUGAAAUAUCUCUUAACUCUGCACAAUUUCUAACUCCUGCAUGGCCAAUACAACCCCUCACAUCCGGGAUGUUCAUUGUCUUUCAGAUUCUUAAUCUGUGUUUUUAUACACUUGUCAAACAGUCAAGUUUCAUUCGAAGUGAAACAAAUGUUUUCUGUGGUUGCAUUCGUCAGCACGGGGCCGAGUAACGUUGGCCCCCAGUUGUCAUGAAUGUCCAAAGCAACGGGAGAUGUUCGCCUGUCAAAUCCUUGCUCAUACUUCACAUUUCCCAAGCACUUCCUGGACAGGCGUAGAUACUUCUUCGGAGCCUGAUGGUACUGAUGGAGAGCCUUCAGCCAAACGGUAGCCUGAGCAACGAAAGGAUAGGAGCGACUUUAGUGAUUAGACUGAAAUACAAGGUAAUAAUCCCUUCAGAUUUUAUUUUUUUAAAAUGCAAAUGUGUGCACAUUAUAAAAUGAUGAAAUUAAAA